GCUGUAUUUGCAGCUGCCGUUCGUUGCGACUCCGGUAGUGGAGAUAGAUCCAAACGCGACAGGGGUGGAAUUCGACCCGAACGCAACACUGAAUGCGAGUGUGACGGUCACGACUACCGUUGUUCCAACGUUCGAAUUUCCAACUUACUACGCCGAGGACUACGC